AUGCCGGAAAACAAAAAGAACCUGCGGUGCCAACAGCGCCGGCGGGAGAAGCGUGCCCUGCAGCGCGAUGUGGAGCAAAGGUGUCAGCAGAACAUGGAUCUCGAGAGAAGAGUGACGCGCAGUGAAAGCGAGAACAUGGAUCUCGAGAGAAAAGUGAAGCGUAGGGAACGCGAGAUCGAGAUGGUACGUGACGAAGCUCGAGACAAGACGAUCGAGAGUUUGGAGCUGCAGCGCCGUCUUGAUGCCAACCAGAAGCAACAACAGAUCGGCAGAGCUUUGGAGCUGAUCAAUGCCGAGCAACAGGUGGCCGAGCUGCAGCUGCGAGUGCAGAAGCAAGAGUUUGAGAAAGCAUCUCUCCGUGGAAAGGUGGAAGAGUUUGCGUACGAGACCACUGUGCUGAGAGCAGCGGAGAAAUCGAGGAAGACAUCUACCGGGUCUACCGCCAAGUUGCAGUUGAACGCCCGUGGCCGCGGCGAGUAUGACAUCAGCGAUGCUGACAUCCAGAACUUCUAUAACAGCCUGCGGACGGGUGCUGGUGGCGAUCCUCGUAAGGGCACCGUGUUGAAUGAGCUGAUCGUGAAGUUCUUCUAUGGUGACUUCACCCCUCAGGGCUUCAAACGAUACAGCGGACUCUGGACGGGACCCCCAUAUGGCAAGAAGGACAUUGCUGUGGCCGUAGCCAAGCUGAAGGAGCAGAUGGCCAAUCCCAUGUUCGUGACCAAGGGCGGUGUCGGCUAUGGUGUGGACGAGACCCAGAAGGUGGAGGAUGAUGGCAAGGGCUGGGUGUGGUUGGCAGCCGAGAUGAGCUCUGGAGGCCUGGUCGUGGAGUUGUUCAAAUCGGUGCCCUACGGCAAGCGUGCCAUCCUGGUGGCUAAGCAGAGCAACGUGGACGAACUCUUUCAGAAGGUGAACUGGGAUACAGCCCUUGCAAACAGUGAGGUCACUUUAGGAGGGCCUCAGGUGAAGCAGCGCUCAGUGGACUCACGGUGAGACGUGGUGAGACUUCUGGAAUUUUCAUCUUUUGAGGUCUAAAACUGAUCUCUUUCCAGUUGAAGUAGCAAUCAUCUGUUUCAAAA